GUAGCGCCAGGAGGGAGCGUGGCGGCCAUUUUGUGCCUUCCUCGCUCGCCUCAGUGAGGGGUUGUUGUGGGCAUUGCGGCUCCGGAGGGGAAACUUCGGCUGUUUUCUUUCUGUGAAGGUCAGGGGCGCCGCCGCCAUGGGCCGUAAGAAGAAGAAGCAGCUGAAGCCUUGGUGCUGGUAUUGUAACAGGGAUUUUGAUGAUGAAAAAAUCCUUAUACAGCAUCAAAAAGCAAAGCACUUUAAAUGCCAUAUAUGUCAUAAGAAACUGUAUACAGGACCUGGAUUAGCUAUCCAUUGCAUGCAGGUACAUAAGGAAACAAUAGAUGCUGUUCCAAAUGCUAUUCCUGGAAGAACAGACAUUGAACUGGAAAUCUAUGGUAUGGAGGGCAUUCCAGAAAAAGAUAUGGAGGAAAGGAGGAGGUUACUUGAACAAAAAACUCAGGAGAGCCAGAAAAAGAAACAACAGGAUGACUCUGAUGAAUAUGAAGAUGAUGAAUCUGCAGCUUCAACUUCAUUUCAACCCCAGCAAGUUCAGCCCCAGCAGGGAUACAUUCCCCCAAUGGCACAACCAGGUUUGCCUCCUGUGCCAGGUGCACCAGGGAUGCCUCCAGGUAUACCACCAUUAAUGGCAGGUGUUCCACCUAUGAUGCCUGGAAUGCCUCCAGUUAUGCCUGGGAUGCCACCUGGAUUACAUCAACAGAGAAAAUACAUGCAGUCAUUUUGUGGUGGAAACAUGAUGAUGCCAAUGGGUGGAAUGAUGCCUCCUGGGCCAGGAAUACCGCCUCUUAUGCCUGGUAUGCCACCAGGUAUGCCACCACCUGUUGGUCCUCGUCCUGGGAUGCCUCCAAUGACACAAGCGCAGCCUGUUACAGCACCAGGAAUUCUUAACAGGCCUCCAGCUCCUGCUGCAUCUGCACCUGCUCCCCAGCCUCCAGUUACUAAACCACUCUUCCCAAGUGCAGGGCAGAUGGGGACACCUGUCACAAGCUCAAGUGCAGCUUCCUCCAAUUCAGAAAGUCUGUCAGCAUCUUCUAACGCUCUGUUUCCUAGCACAGCACAAGCUGCAGCAGCUGUUCCAGGUCCAGUUGGUACUGAUUUCAAACCUUUGAAUUCUACACCUGCAACAACAACAGAACCCCCAAAACCUACAUUCCCUGCUUACACACAGUCUACAGCUUCAACCACUAGCACGACAAACAGUACUGCAGCUAAACCAGCUACAUCUAUAACAAGUAAGCCUGCUACCCUCACAACCACCAGUGCAACCAGUAAGUUGAUCCAUCCAGAUGAGGAUAUAUCACUGGAAGAGAGAAGGGCACAGUUGCCCAAGUAUCAGCGCAAUCUUCCUCGACCGGGACAGGCUUCUUUGGGUAAUCCCCAAGUUGGACCAAUUGGAGGUAUGAUGCCACCACAGCCGGGAAUUCCUCCACAACAACAAGGAAUGAGACCUCCCAUGCCACCUCAUGGUCAGUAUGGUGCUCAUCACCAGGGCAUGCCAGGAUAUCUUCCUGGAGCGAUGCCUCCAUAUGGUCAGGGACCUCCGAUGGUGCCCCCUUACCAAAGUGGACCUCCUCGACCUCCAAUGGGAAUGAGACCUCCUGUAAUGUCGCAGGGUGGCCGCUACUGAUGCUACUACACACGCUCUAAUAGGUUUGGAGAUUAAACCUUUUCUCAUCUUGUGCUGUUAAUAUAGCCGAGCUUCCGUCAAUUAAGGCUUCAUUGUGACUUUAAAAAAUAAGUAUCUUCCCACAUGCAAGGAGCUAUUGGACAUUAUUAUUUUACAUGGGAAAAAAUUAUUUGGAAUAAUAACAGGAACUUUUCCUGAUGUUGCAAUUUAUACUGUAUGGCUUCUUUUUCAUGUUUCAUCUAGGUUUUUAGAAGUGAAGUAUAGUAAAUAUGGUUCGUUAAAUUGUGAAGGCGCUGGAAUUACAUGAACAUACCACCUUAAAGGCAAGUUCUGUAACAUUAUGUUGCUAUUUGUGAAAUGAUGCCUUCACAGCACUUCAAGUGCUGUUGGACUUCAUGUCCCCAACAUAGUUUGGUGAGGGCUGUAACUGUUCCCAACUACUUGUACAUUUAAGUCUGAACUUGUAACAAUAUUUAAUGUAUUUAGAGUUCUUCCUGUUUCAGGGUUUAAGUAAACUGACCCACUAAGGUCGUGUGACUUUUCUGUAUUGUUACAAACUUCAUUGUAAUAAAAGAAGAGAAAAAUUUA